AUACAGCUGUCCUCCCUCCUCUAUCUUCUUCUUCCUCACGACAUUUCUUCUUCUUCACGAUGAUCUUAUAGUUCUACCAAUCCAGUCACUAGGAAUACCCUAACAAUCUGGUAUCAGAGACCUACCUUCCUGCGACCAUUCUGGAUCCGCAUCACCACUUCACGCGUUUUCAGAAGCGCGCCGGCGUCAUGGAUCCUCAACUGAAGCUCCUCCUCGACGAGUUCAAGCUCCUUGGCGAUCGGUUUGACGGAGUCGAAACGCGCAUCGAUCGGGUCGAGUCCAACUUGGUUGAGAAAUUCAAGCCAAUCGAAGAAGCGCUCACCACCCUCGACGCCUGGAAGCCGCAAAUCGCAUCCGCGGUGGAGGCUCUCCAACUCGAGAUGGGUGUGCUUCGUAAGCACAUCGAUCACGUCAUCGUCGAUACUUCGGUGGAUUCCGCGGGCAUACUGGCGCCCCCGGAGAUGGCCGGCCAGCGCCCACCUGCUGGAGAUUCCGCCAUCGGCCUUCAUGGGCAUCGCGAGAACUCCGAUCACCGGGAGCAUGUGUUUGGGUCAGUCGCUACCCUCACACAUCUCCCGGUCAGAGGUACCACACAAUCACCAACCCCUCACUCUACUUCGGGUUUUCGCCCCAUGGAUUCGUUCAUGCAUUCCUCAUUCAGUUCUUCGCACUUGGGACCCAAACUGCCUAAAAUGAAUUUCCCGGAAUUUGACGGCGAGAAUCCGAAGUUGUGGCAAAGUCGAUGUGAAAAUUACUUUGACAUGUUUGGCGUUGAUCCAUCCAUGUGGAUUAAGGUGGCGUCUAUGCAUCUUAAGGGUGUUGCGGCUCGUUGGCUGCAAUCGGUCGAACGCCGUGUGCGCACAGCAACAUGGUCGCAGUUCUGUGAAAUGGUUCACAUGCGUUUUGGGCGUGAUCAGCAUGAGCUGCUGCUUCGCCAACUUUUUCAAAUUCGACAAACCCAUACAGUUCAAGAGUACAUUGAUAAGUUCGUAGCAUUAGUCGAUCAACUUGCAGCUUAUGACUCCAUUCCUGAUCCACUUUACUAUACCACUAGAUUUGUUGAUGGCUUAAAAGAUGAGAUUAAAUCUAUUGUUAUGGUUCAACGACCGAUCGAUUUGGAUACUGCUUGUACUCUUGCUGCAUUGCAGGAAGAAGUUGGAGAAGGCCACAAGCGCCGUGAUUAUCGCAAACCGGAGUACUCUGCUCCUUAUCGCUCAUCUGUGAAGAAUACGUCUCUGAUGGCUCCUCCGAAACUUCCACUUGCUGAACCACCGCUUGACAAAUGAGGAGUGGACAGUACCCAUCACCAAUCCACUGAUGACAAGCUGGCUGCCUUACGUGCAUAUAGAAAGGCACGAGGGUUAUGUUAUACUUGUGCUGAAAAGUGGACCAGAGAUCACAGAUGCAGCACCACUGUGCAAUUACAUGCAGUUCAAGAGCUGUGGGAGUUAUUUUCUUGUGAUGAUGUGGAGGCUACCCAGCAAUACCAUCAGUCUGAAGAGGUCCUGUUCGCCUUGUCUUCUGCAGCUAGCACUGGACACGAGUUGCCCAAAACUAUGAAGAUAUAUGGUCAGAUUCAAGGUAUUAACAUCCUCAUGCUUAUAGAUUCUGGCAGCUCCCACACCUUCCUUAGCACUGCUAUUGCUACACAACUUCAAGGAAUCAGUUCAGCACCUGUUUCUCUUAAAGUACAAGUAGCUAAUGGGGGCAUUUUGGAAUGUACUAAGGAAUUGCAAUCUAUUUCCUGGUCCAUUCAGGGACUUACAUUUCAAACACCCUUCAAAAUACUGCCACUACACAAUUAUGGUGCCAUUAUUGGUAUGGAUUGGUUAGAAACAUAUAGUCCUAUGAAAGUACAUUGGGGGUCCAAGUGUAUGACAAUUCCUUAUGAUGGUACUUAGGUCACCUUACAAGGGAUUACUCCUGAUUCCUCUGGACAGACAGAAGUGCAUCUGAUGACUAUUCUGUCAGCUCCCACUCAUACCACUACAAUGGCUGUGACUGAACCCAUACAGGAAUUGCUUCAACAGUAUGCCGAUGUGUUUGCUGAACCCAAGGGUCUUCCUCCUCCCAGAUCUUGUGAUCACAAAAUUCCUCUGAUUUCGGGUGCCCAGCCAGUGCAGGUCAGACCCUAUAGGUAUUCUCCAGCCCUCAAGAGUGAAAUUGAAACACAAGUGCAGGACAUGCUUGCACAAGGUCUGAUUCAGCAUAGUAGCAGUGCCUUUUCUUCACCUGUCCUGUUAGUCAAAAAGAAGGAUGGUAAUUGGCGUUUUUGUGUGGAUUACCGACAAUUGAAUGCUUUAUCUGUGAAGAGUAAAUAUCCAGUGCCUAUUAUAGAGGAAUUGUUGGAUGAAUUAGCCGGAGCAUGUUGGUUUUCUAAAUUGGAUUUAAGGGCUGGAUAUCAUCAAAUCCGAUUGGGCAGUGGUGAGGAAUUCAAAACAGCAUUCCAAACACACACCGGUCAUUAUGAAUUUUGUGUGAUGCCAUUUGGGUUAUCUGGUGCUCCAGCUACAUUUCAAAAGGCCAUGAACACUACUUUAGCUCCUUUCCUUCGCAAGAGUGUGUUGGUAUUCUUUGACGAUAUAUUGGUGUAUAGUAAAUCACUAGAAGCCCAUGUGCAUCAUCUCAGUCAAGUAUUAUCUCUGCUUAGACAAGAUCAAUGGUUUGUCAAAAUGUCUAAGUGCUCUUUUGCCCAACCCACCAUUGCUUAUUUGGGACAUAUUGUUAGCUCAGCUGGGGUACAAACUGAUGGAGAAAAAAUUGCUGCUAUCAGGGAUUGGCCAACCCCAACUAAUGUCAAGGAGUUAAGGAGCUUCUUGGGUCUUGCAGGGUACUACCGCAAGUUUGUGCGCCAUUUUGGUUCAAUCAGCAGACCCCUAACUGAAUUGUUGCGUAAGAACUCCAUUUUUAUGUGGACAGAUGUGACUGACAAGGCUUUCAGAGCUCUUCAACAUGCAUUGAUCACAUCACCUGUUUUAGCACUUCCAGAUUUUCACAAACCAUUUCAAGUGGAAACAGAUGCUAGCGAUGUUGGUGUGGGUGCUGUCUUGAUGCAGAAUGGCCAUCCCAUCGCCUUUGUUAGCAAAGCGUUGGGCACCCGCACAAGAGGCAUGUCAACAUAUGAAAAAGAAUAUUUGGCCAUUCUGUUGGCCAUUGAGCAAUGGCGUUCCUAUCUACA